AUAAGGUCGAAAUUAUGAGGUAGUUCUGUAUCGUAUAUAGCUGUAUAUAAUAAUAUUUAUAUACGACGAUCCCAAGCAUUGGCUUCAGUAAUGUACACUGGCGGUUCGUUCAAGCUGAACUAUUACAAUUAAUUGAUUUUGACGACAUACUCCAGGACAAUGAUCUCCAAGAGUAUGGAGAAUGAGAAACAGCUCGCACUUGCUAUAGAUUCAGGAGGCUCCGUUGCGGAUGGAUCAAUAAGCCAUGCAGCGAAUGAAAUAGUGUUGAGUAAAGAAGGCUUUAAGCUGUUCCCUCAACCUGUACUUGGCGACAACCUUGACCCUCUGAACUGGUCCUUCGUUCAGAAGCAUACGAUUUUGGCUAUUGUAAUGUCUAUCUACUUCAUGUUCACCUACAUCACGACCACUACAGUGCCAUCAUUCCCAGCGCUGGAGGAGAAGUACUCUGCUAGCUUGGAACAAAUCAAUUGGACAGUCGCAAUUCCUGCUCUUGGUCUCUCCGUCGGACCGCUGCUAUGGGCCUCUAUAGCGGGCAUCAUUGGACGUCGUCCUAUUCUCAUAUUCGGCACAGUUAUGGCUCUGGCCGCCACAAUUGGAGCUGCUCUUGCCCCGAACUACUCGAGUUAUAUGGCUGCACGCUUCUUUCAAGGGCUUGGUGUCAGCCCGGCAUCCAAUGUUGGCCUAGCCGUAAUAAACGACAUUUUCUUUGAACACGAGCGCGGCCAAAAGGUGGGACUCUGGGUAUUGGCAAUUGAUUUGGGUCUUUACUUUGGGCCACUUAUAGGUGGCGUUAUCAAUCUUGCCGGUCACAUCUGGAUUCAGUGGCUAUCCGCUAUUCUCUUCGGAGCGAUCUUAAUUGCUGAACUCCUUUUUCUACCGGAGACUUUAUACCCACGGCACCUCAUGCUAUCCAAGGUAUACCGUGGAGAUGUGUCACAGCAGGGUGUCGAGGAGAUUUCAGUCAGAGACUCUACUGGUGAACCUGAGAACAUACUAAAAACCAAGCGGCUCCCAUUCAUAAAUGUUACUCCGCUUCCAGGGGUCCAGCAUCCGAAGCCUUAUGACACUAUGACCCAAUUUAUUAAAACAUUCAAGUUCAUUGUCGUUCCUAUUUCAAUCAUGACCUAUUGCUUUGGUUGGUACUGGUGGGUACUGUCAGUGGUCACUCUAGUUCCAAUCGCAUAUGAGCAAUAUCCGCCACAAAUUCAGGGACUUCUUUAUCUUGGGCUCAUUGUGGGUACCCUGGUCUCCGAGGUCCUUUAUUCCGGUAGUUUGAGCGACUGGAUAGUGAUCAAACUAGCCAAACGCAACAACCACCAGAAGACUCCUGAGAUGCGCAUCUGGCUUACCUAUCCCGCGGUUAUUCUCACCGCAGUUGGGUUGGUUGUCUGGGGGGUCAGUAUUGACCGCGGGUAUCACUGGAUGGUAGGCCAAGUCGCUUUGGCUAUUUUUGGUGCUGGUGUUCAAAUGGGCAACACUGCCAUUUGUUCGUAUGUGGUGGAUGCAUAUCCCUUGCAAAGCAUGGCUAUGAUGACCUUCUAUGCCGUGAUGCUCAACUUGUCAGCAUUUCUGGAUCCAUUUUUCAUUGUUUCGUGGGUGGAAAAUAUCGGGUUUACUUGGACGUUCAUUGGCCACGCCAUUAUCACCGUUGUCGUUUGUAUUCCAGUAAUGGCUGUGCUUCACCGGUUUGGGAGAACACUGUGCGAGAAGUCUGGAAGCCCAACAUGGGUAAAUCCAGAGUAUGAAGUUCAUACUCCCAGUAGUAUAUGAUAUGAGAUGAUAUAAAUGAUAUGGUAUGAUAUAAAUGAUAUGAUAUAUCAUAUAAUACCAUACCACGAUGAAGUUUUUACAUAGGGAUAGAUAUCAUCUCAUAUCACGGUCUUCACCAUGUGAUAUAUCAUAUCAUAUCACACCACUUGAAAGUC